AUGGCGCCAGUUUGGAUACCGCUCGAGUCGAAUCCUGCAGUUUGGAACAAGUAUAUCGCUAAUUUGGGCGUCAAUACGGAUUCAUGGUGCUAUUCUGACAUUUGGGGCCUCGAUGAAGACAUAUUACAGUUUGUUCCAAAACCAGUCAUUGCUGUGUUGCUGUUGUUUCCCGUGACGGACAAGUACGAACAAUAUCGACGAGAAGAAGAAGCAAAGAUCAAAAAGAAUGGACAAACUGUGAGCGACAAGAUCUGGUUUACAAGGCAAACAAUAGAAAAUGCAUGUGGGACGAUUGGAUUACUACACAGCCUGGCAAACAAUUCUGAUGUCCUCCAAGUCGAAAAGGAUGGGGGGUUGUCGCGUAUACUUCACAGGACAGGAACAAAAUCGGCAGAUGAUCGAGCUGAAGAACUAGAGAAGGAUCAAGAUCUGGCCAAAGCUCACGAUGAAAGUUCUCGAGAAGGCCAGAGUGAGGUGCCGGAUGCUGAGGAAGACGUGGAUUUGCACUUUGUAUGCUUUGUCAAACAGGACGAGUGCUUAUACGAACUCGAUGGAAGGAAGCCCUUUCCGAUAAAUCAUGGCCCGUGUACAGAUUUGCUCAAAGGAGCUGCGACCGUGAUACGUCAAUUCAUGGAUCGCGAACCUGAAUCUGUCAACUUCAAUAUGAUAUCGUUGGGGGGAGUUCCUGCUGACGAUUGA